UUCGGUGGGUGGUUGAAGCUACCACCAGGUACAGGGACAGAGCCACAGACCCCAUUUUCAGGAAUGGCUUGCUGGUUUGGGUUGAGCAACUGGCCAACUCCAUCCUUGAGCUGAAAGCAGUCACAGUCCUUUGCCCAGAGAGACUCUCCUGCCUCCAAACUAGGGAUGUCUUUUCAAAGGCAGCGAGCUGCCUGAUGGAUACUGCUCACCACAUCCAGGAUGGGCUGGAUGGGUCCAACCACCCAGAUAUCCUCAGCCCUCUCCGAGCACAAGUGCGAAGCACUGAUGUUGCAAAGGGGCUUGAAUUCAGUCCAUCGCAUGCUGGGCUAAGAACCAUUACAGAUGAGGCUGCGUUGCAAGAAGACAUCUUACAUUGUCCGUCUUCACAACCAGGUAACUUACACCCGGAUGUUGUUCCAAGGAAAGGAGAUACGCACCCUGUCAUUACAGCUCUCCUAGCAGCAACAAGAGCCCAUGAUAUAGCAGCUGUCAACGCUGCUUGCUCUGCCUUGCUUGAACUCUCCAACAGCUGUAUCGAUGCGGCAAAGGAAGCGCUGCCCGUUGCUGAGUCUCCCCAGAUGGAGACGCUGGGGCAGUACCAGAAGAUUGUAUUACUGACACCAUGUGUUAUUAGCCUGGCCAGGGAAACAGCCCCAAGGCAGCUUCAUCAUCCAAACAGACUUCUCCAAAUGGCACUCACGCUCUCCAAAAGGAUCUGUGAGACCAAAGAGUGCCUGGCAGCCGUGGCAGGCUCCUGGUAUAGUCUGUCUCAGCAAGUAUUUGGCUUUAUCUUGUCUGCUGACUUUCUGAGAGGCAAACAGGCUUUGGACGAGACUAUGAUGAGUUUAGCAGGAACAGUUCAGUUAGCAGGAGACAUUGCAAGCGUAGCCUGCAGUAAGGAAAAUCCCAUUUUCCCCAAUGUCUGGGAGAGCUUUCAACAGGUCCAAGCCAAGUUUUCACGUGCUCAGAUGAACACCAAAGCGUUACUUGAGAAAGCAGCAUCCUUCAAGGGCUCCUGCAGGGUGGGAAAGGCCAGCCUGGAGCUGCACUGUGUCCAGUGGGCCAUCAGCAUGCACGUCCUGCUGGGCGCUGUGGAUCGGUUCAUAGGCAGGGACAUCCUGUUCCUGCGGGAGCUAAGGAGCACCGUGAAGAACAAGCUUUGCUCACGGAGUCUCUUGGCUGCUGUGUCUGAGAACUCCCUGAGGCUGCAGGAGGCCGCCCGGCUCUCUUACUUGUCCUGCCCUGAAGACCAUGGUGGCAGUGAAAUCCUAGCGCUCAGGGAGGAGAUAAAGGUGCUAAUGGAAGCACUGCUGGAUGCCUCCAAUACCCUCUUGGUCUCCCCACUGUCUACUGCCAGCUUGUACAUUCGCUUUGAGCUCCUGCAGAAAGACUUGGCCCUUAGGGCCAAGGCAUUGUUGCUCCACCUGGAGAAGGUCAAUACCAAACACCUGCGGGUCAUCCGAGAUGUCGUUGGACCAGCCCUGUCCCCCCUCUCUCAAGAGGAGAGGGGGAGAAGCAAACAGGCCUUUGAAGAGAAGGCAAGUUGUCUAAUGGCUAAUGUUCAGUGGGUAAAAACCACCCUCCAAGACAUUCUGGAGGCCAACAUGCAACUGCAGUCACAGGCAAACCUGCUCUCCGUCGCAGACCACCUCCUGAUCCUCACGUCUGACGCAGUGGGCAGCGCCAGCCAGCUCUUCCAGAGCCACCAGGACAAAGGGCAUCUCCGCCUAGACAGUAUUGUCUGGUACUGGUCAGCAAAGGCGCACUACCUCGUCACACAGCUGCAGGCUGUCCAGGGCAUCAGUGGACAUACUCUGCAGCUCAUUAGACAAUGCCUGCAGAACGUGGGGGACCAGUGCUCUCCAAGACAAUGCAACAGCACAGCCAAGCUCUUCCCAGCCCGAGAGCUUGAUGCUCUGAGCCACACCAAGUCAGCAGAAACUUGCCCGAGCAGGAGCGGUCAAGGAAGUGGAGCUGCCAGGGAGGCACGUGAAAUGUUCUUGUCUCAACAGCACCAGAACGGUCCUCCCAGUGUCUCCUUUGCCAGCGGCCCUGCGAAGCACAAGAGAGAAGACAGUGACACAUGGCAGGGUGGCCCCAGUAAGAUGUCCCAGGUCACCAAAGACAUGGCAACAAGGAUGCUUCACAUGACUCAGUUCCUGAGGAAGAAGGGCCCCAUUGUGAGCAAGGACCAGCUUGUCGCCUGCGCAAGGCAAAUUGCUUCUGAUGGGCAGGCGUUUGUUAAAUUUGGCCGCAUUGUUGCGAAGCACUGCCUGGACAAGAGAUGCUCCGCAGAGCUGCUGUGCGCCACAGAGCAGACCCACACCAUCAGCAGCCAGCUCAGCAUUGUGGCCAGGGUAAAAGCAGUCACUGCAGAGAGCAAGUCCUCUUCUGAGCUGCUGGUGAGCAACGUGCAGAACCUAAUUCAAGCAGUUUUGCAUGUUCUGAAGGCAGCUGAGGCAGCAUGUAUCAAACCCAAUAUGCAUCUUUCCAGGCAUUGAAUCUGCUCUGUCACUGCUACCAACUCUGAAGUCAUCUUUAGCUGGUCCGUUUCCCAUUUCGUUUUUGGAUAGGAGAGCAGCAGCAUCUCACUGGAGCCUUUAUUUGGAAAUAGUCCAUGUCAGUCGUAGCCUUUAUAUUGUCUCAGGAUGAGCUUUGAUCAAAACUCCCAAGAACCUCCCUUGCAGCUGCCAAUGAUGGCUGAUUGAUCCAACCGUAAAUAGUUUGUGAGAGCAGACUUUAUCUGAAAGCACUCAGAAAACAAGUGCAAAUACAACCAGACUCUCCACUGAUGCAGUUUUUCAUAGUGUGCCCUAGCCUCCUACGUAAUCCUACAACUUCUGCUGAGCUUCAGCAUGUCUUUUUGAGACAUGGUUUUUAUUAGAAUCCUAUUUGAUGAACAAUCAGCCACAAGGGUGAAAAAGCUCCUCCUGUGGUUAAUUGCGUAUACUGUUAAAAACUUGUAUGUAUGUCCAUUUUUCACUUUGCUGAUGUCAGCCUGAAGUAACUAGCCAUUCUUUUAUCUUGAUUGUCUAGACUACAAAGUCCUCUAUGACGUGGCUUUUUGCCUUUGGAAACUUCCCUGCUUAUCAAUAAACUAUACUGCAUUCCUUUU